GCCCAUGCUGAAAAAGAAGAAGUCUACUGGGACUCUAUACUCUGGAGUGAUAAGAUCAAGAUAAAUGUUUUUGGAACUGAUGGCUUCAAAACUGUAUGGCAUCAUAAAGGUGAGGAGCACAAAGAAAAAUGCAUGGUGCAUACAGUGAAGCAUGGUGGUGGCAGUGACCUUGCAUGAGUGCUGCUGCAUGAGUGCUGCUGGUGUCGGGGAGCUGCAUUUCAUUGAUGGUAUCAUGAAUUCACAGAUGUACUGCUCUAUAUUGAAAAAGAAGUUUUCCAACAUGACAAUGAUCUAAAACACACAUCUAAGGCUACUGUUGCAUUUCUGA